CGCCCUGCGUUGCCUGACUUGGCCAAGCAAACCCCGUCUUGCAGACCCAGUCUAGCUACCGGACAAAGGGCGGAGGAGGGGCCGGACGGAGCAGCGGAGUCCGAAAGAGGCCAUUUAGUGACUCUGGCCAGGCCAAGGGGAAUGCGGAGGAGACACAGAGCCGGCGGGCCAAGAGGACGAUCCGGUCGCAGCACGCAGGGCGGGCGGCGAUGGAGGCUGCCCGCGCCGUGCGCUUCCUACUCAUGGUGUGCGGCUGCCUUGCGCUCCCGCCCUGGACCGAGCCCGUGUGCCCCGAGCGCUGUGACUGCCAGCACCCUCAGCACCUCCUGUGCACUAACAGGGGGCUCCGCGCGGUGCCUAAGACCAGCUCGCUGCCGAGCCCCCAAGAAGUGCUCACCUACAGCCUCGGAGGCAACUUCAUAACCAACAUCACGGCCUUCGACUUCCACCGCCUGGGACAGCUCCGACGGCUGGACCUGCAGUACAAUCAGAUCCGCUCUCUACACCCCAAGACCUUCGAGAAGCUCUCACGGCUGGAGGAGCUCUACCUGGGGAACAACCUCCUGCAGGCGAUCGCCCCUGGCACGCUGGCCCCGCUGCGGAAGCUGCGCAUCCUCUAUGCCAACGGGAACGAGAUAGGCCGCUUAAAUCGCGGUUCCUUCGAGGGCUUGGAGAGCCUGGUCAAGCUGCGGCUGGACGGGAACGCCCUGGGGGCGCUGCCGGACGCCGUCUUCGCCCCCUUGGGCAACCUGCUCUACCUUCAUCUAGAAUCCAACCGGAUCCGUUUUCUGGGCAAAAACGCCUUCGCCCAUCUGGGCAAGCUGCGCUUCCUCAAUCUCUCUGCCAACGAGCUACAGCCGUCUCUGCGCCACGCAGCCACCUUCGCACCGCUCCGCUCCCUGUCGACCCUCAUCCUUUCCGCCAACAGCUUGCAGCACCUUGGCCCGCGCGUCUUCCAGCACCUGCCGCGCCUUGGCCUACUCUCUCUCAGGAGCAACCAGCUCUCACAGCUCGCUCCGGAGACCUUCUGGGGUUUGGAGGCCCUGCGCGAGCUGCGCCUGGAGGGCAACAGGCUGAAUCAGCUGCCUGUGACACUGCUGGAGCCGCUGCAUAGCCUGGAGGCACUGGACCUGAGCAGCAACGAGCUGUCCGCGCUGCACCCCGCCACGUUUGGCCACCUUGGCCGGUUGCGCGAGCUCAGCCUGCGCAACAACGCGCUCAGCGCCCUCUCCGGGGACAUCUUCGCGGCUAGCCCAGCUCUCUACCGGCUGGAUCUAGACGGCAACGGCUGGACCUGCGACUGCCGGCUGCGAGGCCUGAAGCGCUGGAUGGGAAACUGGCACUCGCAGGGCCGGCUUCUCACGGUCUUUGUGCAGUGUCGCCACCCCCCGGCCCUUCGGGGCAAGUACCUGGAUUACCUGGACGACCAACAGCUACAGAACGGGUCCUGCGCAGAUCCGUCGCCCUCACCUUACCCGACCCCCGACAGUAGGCGGUGGCCCUUGCCCACAGUAGCCGAGGAGGAGAUGGCGCCCCCUGCAGACAGUCUUGUUGAGGAGUUGUCGCCGCAGCCGCAGCUGCAGCAGCGGGAACGAUUUCCGCCUGGGGUGGCCUGGGAUGGGGUCGUCAGGGAGCUCAUCAGCAACCGCAGUGUACUGAGGUUGAGCCGACGGGGCCCCGGCCUUCAGCAGCUGGGUCCCUCCGCCGCCGCUGCUGCGGACCCGCCGCCACCCCUGCUGGACUUCUACGAGAAGCCCGAGCAGGGACGCCCGACCCGGAGCGAUCCAGCAUUCGCUGAGCCUACCCCGACGGCGGCGUCUGGCUUUGCUCCUUCUCCAGCCGGCGACCCCUGGCAGCGUGCAGCGAAGCAGAGCUUGGCCGCGGAGCAGCAGGAACGUGCUGUCCAAUCCUACAGCAGGGUUGGCUUGCCUCCUCUGGUGUCUGAUCCGUGCGACUUCAACAAGUUCAUCCUGUGCAACCUGACAGUGGAGGCGGUGGGCGCCAACAGCGCCUCUGUGCGCUGGGCUGUGCGCGAGCACCGCAGCCCCCGGCCGCUGGGCGGCGCGCGCUUCCGCCUGCUCUUCGACCGCUUUGGCCAGCAGCCCAAGUUCCACCGCUUCGUCUACCUACCCGAGCACAGCGACUCGGCCACGCUGCGUGAGCUGCGCGGAGACACCCCCUACCUGGUGUGCGUGGAAGGCGUGCUUGGGGGCCGGGUCUGCCCCGUGGCUCCCCGGGACCACUGUGCAGGGCUGGUCACCUUGCCGGAACCAGGGAGCCACAGUAGCGUCGACUACCAGCUGUUGACCUUGGUCCUGUUGGCUGUCAAUGCGCUGCUGGUGCUUCUGGCCUUGGCGGCCUGGGCGUCGCGCUGGUUGCGGAGGAAGCUGCGGGCCAGGCGAAAGGGCGGGACCCCGGUCCACGUUCGCCACAUGUACUCAACUCGACGGCCUCUGCGCUCCAUGGGCACUGGUGUGUCUGCAGACUUCGCGGGAUUCCAGUCGCAUCGGCCUCGCACUACAGUGUGUGCUCUCAGUGAGGCAGAUCUCAUCGAGUUCCCGUGCGACCGCUUCAUGGAUAGCUCAGGCGGCGGCACAGGCGGCAGCUUGAGACGGGAGGACCAUCUUCUGCAGCGAUUUGCAGAUUAG